AGUCUUUGUUUUGUGUUGAUUAAUAAAAAAAAAAAGUUCAAUGUCCGUGAAUAAAAAUUACCCAAAAGAUUUACCGAAAUUUUAUUCUCAAGAAGUAGUAUAGUUGUAUAUUAAACAUUCACAAUGGAAUUACUUAGAAAUGGUGUUUUUAGAACGCUGUGGCGGCCAAUUGUAAAUAUCACAAGAUCUGUAACAUAUCAGUAUCACGCGGAUAAACCUCGCCUUGUAAGAAGGUAUGGUUAUGAAGAGAAAAUCUGGAGUGGAGGUUUGAAGCCACGUUCAGAGGGAAAACCAUUACCAUUACCAGAGUACAGGCCAGCAAAUCCAUGGACUGAGCGUAAAUCACUAUUUGGCCAAAAUGACUAUAUUGAUAUUCUUGGACCUGGUGAUUUACAUCCUGUGAAGACAUUAUACAAUGUACCAUCGUGGAUAAGAGGUGUUAGAGGAAGUGAAUAUCACAUUUUACUUCGAAAAAGGAAAAUGUGGGCAAGAAGUGCAACACCAAGUUUAAGGCCAACUAAAUGGAAAGAGUAUGAAAAACGUCUCUCCUUUUUGUACAGAAAACUGAACAGAAAAACCAAAACUGGUCCUUCUCCAAUCUAAAAAGAUUUAAGUUAUUGUAGUCUUUAGGUUUAACUUAAAUAAAUAAAAAAGCUUU